AGUUAAAUUUACAAUUGGACAUAAGCCCAACUUCAAUUUAUCACCCAUCACCAAAACCCCAAACCCUAGAUCCGAUUUCCGCAAUAAUAUACUCCGUAUUACUCAACAUUUGUUCGUCACUUCUUCUCCGACUGCCCAUCCGCCCUCCACACCCGACGACGACCGGAGGUAAGAAGACAUGGUGAAGCAUAACAAUGUUAUUCCAAAUGGGCACUUUAAGAAGCAUUGGCAAAGCUAUGUCAAAACCUGGUUCAACCAACCCGCCCGGAAAACCAGGAGACGCAAUGCUAGGCAAAAGAAAGCUGUAAAGAUUUUCCCUAGACCUACUGCUGGUCUACUUCGACCCAUUGUUCAUGGGCAGACACAGAAGUACAACAUGAAAAUCAGAGCAGGAAGAGGGUUCUCUCUUGAAGAGCUGAAAGCUGCUGGUAUUCCCAAGAAAUUGGCCCCAACCAUUGGCAUUUCUGUUGAUCAUCGCCGAAGGAACAGGUCUCUUGAAGGCCUUCAGGUCAAUGUCCAGAGGCUCAAGGCAUACAAAGCUAAGCUAGUCAUCUUCCCAAGACGCACCAACAAAUUCAAGGCUGGGGACUCAACUCCUGAGGAGCUAGCAAAUGCAACUCAAGUCAAGGGACCAAUUAUGCCAAUUGUGAUGGAUAAGCCGAAUGUUGAACUGGUCAAGGUCACCGAAGAGAUGAAAUCCUUCAGAGCUUAUGACAAGUUGCGCCGUGAGCGUACGAACCAGCGUCACUUUGGUGCUCGGCUGAAGAGGGCAGCAGAGGCCGAGAAAGAAGAGAAGAAGUAAUUAUGAAGUAUGCUUCUUAAUGAAUCCCAUUAUCUGUUUCGUAUUACUUCUAGAUCGGACUAAUAAUUUAUGGCUACAACUGUUAAAAUUUUUUGACUGGUUUUCUUCAAGAGUUACUUUGUACUGGAGACUUGCAAGUGUUGUUUCAGUUGGGUUUUUGAUUGCUCUGUAUUCUCCAUUGUGAACCCUCUGUUUUUUAAUCAAACUAGUAUUUUAAUCCGCACCAGUGAAAUAAAAUUGUUUUUGACUU